GGCAAGGGCAUCACCUUAAUUCACAUGCAUGCAGUACCUGGCCUACUGUGAACUCAGAUUUCCUGGGCUUGGCUGUGGUUGCUUGAAAGCCUCUGAGGUGGCUUAGUUAUGGAAGCAGGGCACUGAACCACACUGCUGGGCAGGUUUAGCUGUGGUUUUGUUUUGUUUUAAUUAAUUUUUUUAUUUAUUCAUUUUACAACCCAAUAUCAGCUCUUAUCUCCUCCCAAUAUCUCCUCUUGUAAGUCCCCCCCCAAUUCCCCUUAGAAGGGAAGCCCCACUCUGGAUGUCAGCCCCCUAUCUUCCCACCCCCACCCCACGCAUCCAGUUGCUGCUGGACUGGGCCAACUCAGCAUAUCCUCUCCCACUGAGGCCAGACAAGGCAUUUAGAGAUGUGGGAUCCAUAGCAGGCAGGUAGGCAAUGGGCUCAGUGACAGCCCCUGCUCCAAUUGUUUGAGGGACCCACAUGAGACCAAGCUGCUGCUCAUCUAUGUAUGUGCAGGGGCCCAGCUCCAGCCUGUGCUUGAUCUUUGUGCCCAGGUCCAGCCUGUGCUUGAUCUUUGGUUGGUGACUCAGGCUCUAGGAGUCCCCAAGGUUGUUUGACUGUUAGUCUUCUUGUGGAGUCCUGGUUCUCUUAGGGCCCCUCAGUCUUUCUCCCAACUCUCCCAUAAGACUCCCUGAGCUCCAUCUACUGUUUGGGUGUGAAUCUCUGCAUCUCUUUCCAUCGGCUGCUGGGUGGACCCUCUCAGAGGGCAGUUACGCUAGGUUCCUGUCAUACAUGUCCUUUUGGGUCUGGGUUACCUCACUCAGGAUGGUAUUUUUAAAACACAAAAAAUGAACUCUAGUCUUCUUUCUGAGGAGCCAUCAUUGUACCUGAAGACUAAGGUAUUCUCAAAGACAUAGUGAUGGGAGGGUCGGGGCCCACCCAGAUUCCCGGUCUCUCCUGUCGGGCUGUAAGGUCGCCAGUCUCUUAUGACUCAGGAGGUGGCUUGCCAGCCAGUGUCAUGCCAUGAGGUUUCUAGAGCCCCUGGCUGUGAUGCGACGGGAUCUGCACUGGGGGGAUUAUGGAUGAGGGAGAGGUAAGGAGUCUCUUUACUGUAACACAUGCCUAGCUCUGGGACAGCAGCCAGGAGGCUAAUUAGAAAGCUCAGCAGCUGUCCAGCUUUUCAGGCACCGAGCAGGAGCUACCAGGUGCCAAUGAGCAUCCUGGGAAGGAAAGGAAAGAGGUUGUGUGGGGAAGUUGUCAGGAAAAACACUCCCAGGAGCACUGGUUGGGCAAUCAGUGCUUUGUUAAGAGGAAGAUUGGAUGGGGCUUGCUAAGGUAGACGUGAGGGGCGAUAUGAGGGGACAGGAGGGGGCAGGACAAGAAGUCCUUCAUGAGAGAGAAGGUGGGGAUGAGAUGAGGAGGAGGCAGGAACCGCCAGAGUCCAAGCCCAGAGCAAAGGGCCAAGUGGAAGGCCAAACCCCGAGCAGUGAGGGGACAUCUGCCGACUCCAUAAGUGUGCCUGUACCUCCUCUUCACUUCCCAGGGGAUGGUGAUACACUGCCUGUCCCUUGGAAUACGGACACCAAUUGUGUUUGUAGCUCGGGGAGGGGAAGUCGUCAUGCUUGGGGACCUAACACAUCCAUAGUGUUGAGGGCUGGUCUCACUAUAGAACAGGCUAACACGGUUGAAUCAGCCUCUUUGGUUACACUUGAGUUUUCACUAAUGGAGUACUCAGGGUGGGGCCCUGGCCAGUCACCAGAACACCCUGUGAUAAGGGAUUAGAGGGGUGGACCUUCUAGCCCCUUGUAUUAACCUCUCAGAGUAUAAAACCCCUCAACAGUCUUAUCAAUGUGUGCUGUGCUCCCAGUUGCUGAGUGGGGACUGAUUGUGAAACCCACCAUCUCUACCUUGCUCCCUUUUCCUCUUCAUCCAGGUGCCCUAGUCAAGGUAUGUGUUUCUGUGAGUUCUAUGAGGGAUCAAUCUAUGGAGACAGAGGGUCUGGAAAUAAUGGCUUAUAGUCAGUGGUCAGAAGUGUGGGUGAAAACUGGUUUGUUAUUGGUAUCUGAGGUAGGGAGCCCUCACACUUCUGGGAGAAACUGGCACUGUCCUGGGUAGAAUGUCAGAUUUUAAAACUGUUAGGAUAAGCCAUUCGUAUCGUCAAGAAAUGGAUCUCUCUCUCUCUCUCUCUCUCUCUCUCUCUCUCUCUCUCUCUCUCUCUCUCUGGUGUGUGUGUGAGUAUGUGUGUGUGUGUUUAUGUGUGUGUGUGUGUUUGUGAGUGCUUGUGUGUGAGUAUGUGUGUGUCUCUUUGUGUGUGUGAGUGCUUGUGUGUGAGUGUGUGUGUGUGUGUGUGUGUGUGGUUAGGGAAGUACUAAGUACUUGAUUGUGACAGUGUGUUUUGUUUGUUUUGGUGAACCAUCAUAUUUUUUGUCAAUGGACUUUGUUAUUGCUGUGUUGUCCUUGUUGUUGCUAGACAAGGUCUCAUGUAGAACUUCAUAAGUAGCUGAAGCUAGCUUUGAACUCCUGAUCCUCCUGCCUCCACCUCCUGAGUGCUGGGAUUAUAGGCUAAUGCCAAGUGCAGUUUGAAUGUGUGAUCUUUCCUAUUUCCUGAGAGAUUGGGGGAUUUCUGGGGAGGGAGGCCAUCAAAUGAAAGGGUGUUGUUGCAAACCCUCUCUGGCUCCCUCCUUAGGUCCCAGGCUACAGAGAUGGAGUAGGUGAGAGGAUUUGGAUUCCAGUCCGAGAAGCAGACUGAAUCCUGCAAGCCCAGCUUACCCUAAAUAGUUACAGAGGAGAGAAAAUGACGCAGGGGACAUUCCUGCCAGCAGCUGCUGCUUAAACCUCUUUGGGAAAUGAAUCCUCCUCAGGAGAACUGGCUGCCCCUGCACAUUGUAGAAAUAACAAAAUGAGUUUUGUUUUUCUCUGACCUGAACCUACCUGGACCUCUGCUAUGUAGGAGCCUGCAGUGUCCCCAGGGAUGCCUGCGUGGGACACUCUGUUUCCAGCCUCACUCUCCCUGUGGGCCUUCAGACAGGUCUUUUGUAUCUCCAGACCCAUGCCACCCCCUUUCAGUCUGUGCUGGUGCUUAGAGAAGGAAGAGGGGGGAGCACCCCCUUCUUUCCUCUCAUCCACAGAGACGGACCUGUAGACCCCUUGAUGGUGCUUACCAGCAAGAGACAAACUCCAGGCAUUGCUAGCUUUGGUUAAUAGCAAGCUGGGUGACUCCUUCAGCCAAGAAUUAGCUGGAUCCUUCUCUAUUCUGCUCGUUCCGCUGUCCAAUAGAAGACCUGUGGUCUCCAGGAACUCAUCCGGUGUGAAAUGCACACAUGUGAGGUUAUUUACAGAUGGGAUAACAUAUUUUAUGGAAAUACAGUUAAAGUCUCAUGGAACUAGAACUGCUGGGAUGGCCCAGGGGUGCAGUGGCCUCUCCAAGCAGCCAAGUAGGAAGAGUUGGAGUAGGUACACCACAGAGGAGGGCUGGAGGAGACAGGGAUUGAAACUGAGACAUAGUCACUGAGCCUUCCAUCCUCAGGGCUUCGAAGGAGUGAGGUGCCUCAGGCCUGGGGUUUCAUCAGAUACAUAGAUUUGACCAAAUCUCUUAAUGUCCUAAGCCUUAGUAUCUGUCACCACUGCCACCUACCCAGGAUAGAUGGUGUCUAAGCCCUCCCUGCUCCGAAGGUGUCCUAAAAGAAUCUUGAGAAUUGAUAAGCUUGAGUAGGCCCAGCUUCGCCUGUGCGUUAGCUGCUGCGAGGGCUCCUGAUACAUUCACACGCUCACAGGCUUCUGACUCAGGCUGUAUGAACCACCUAAGAGCCUUAUAGUUUCUGUCCCCAGAAUCAUGCUCUUUGUUUUUGUGGUUGUUGGUGGUGGUAGUGGUGAUGGUGGUGGUGGUGGUUGGUUGGUUGAUUGGUUGUUUUUCAAGACAGGGUUUCUCUAUGUAGUCUUGGCUGUCCUGGAACUUACUCUGUAGACUAUGCUGGCCUCCAAUUCACAAAGAUCUGCCGGUCUCUGCCUCCUAUAGUUCUGGGAUUAAAGGUGUGGAUCCUGCUCUUGAAGGCUAGAAUGUAAGAAAGAUCUGGGGACAGCUUGUGCACUUGCAGGGAAAGGUGGGACCCCCACCCCACCCCCCUCCAGACUCCACCCUGGUGACCGACCAUUGCAUCUCAUCCACCCCUGAGAAGAGGCUGGCAAGCAGACAAGAAGCAGGAAGUGUCCAGCUGGUUCCCAGAGAGCCGUUUUGACCACCCCAGAGUGGUGUCCUUGCCUAGCAUAGGAUCUCAGCCUGUAGCAGAUGGCCAUCGGGUGCUGUAGCACCAGGCUGAACAAGCAGGAUGUGGUUUUUGGUUUCUGUUUCUGUUUUGACUUGUGCUGUUGCUGUGGCUUGCCUAGGCCCCAGGAAAAAGGAAGUGCCCAUGGGUGGGAUUGAACUUUCCAAACCAUAUGUCAUGGCGGUGCAAAUGGUGGAGGGUAUGGAACAUGCUUCAUUAAGACUCUUUCAUCAAGGCGAUAGAGACACAUGAAAGCCAUCCUUCUGCCAGCCAAGAAUUAACUGAGCACUGGGGUGAAUGCUUGUCUGCAUAGCUAAGAAUGGCGCCAAGGUCCAGUCUGAUACCAAGACAAGGUUAAACAGGGACACAACUGCACAGUGAUCCUGAUGUCUGUUCCCAGCCACGCAGUCAAGACUGUGACAAGGUUUCACUGGAACUCACUCUGUAGACCAGGCUGGUCUCGAACUCAUAGACAUCUGCUUCCCAAGUGCUGGGAUUAAAGGCAGGCACCACCACUGCCACGUUUAUCCUGGUCCAUUAAGACUGAUUUCACCUGUCUCCACUGCUUCUGUGUGAUCCUACCCUGUGACAGAGCUCAGCAUACUCUGAGAGCUUCAGCAGGAGGCCCCAGUUGGUACCAUGGCUUCUGCGGAGCCCCUGACAGCGCUGUCCCGCUGGUACCUAUAUGCCAUCCAUGGCUACUUCUGCGAGGUGAUGUUCACAGCGGCCUGGGAGUUCGUGGUGAAUUUUAACUGGAAGUUCCCAGGGGUCACCAGCGUGUGGGCCCUCUUCAUCUAUGGCACCUCCAUCCUGAUCGUGGAGCGCAUGUACCUGCGCCUGCGAGGCCGCUGCCCUCUUCUGGUGCGCUGUGUCAUCUAUACUCUCUGGACCUACCUGUGGGAGUUCACUACCGGCUUUAUCCUACGCCAGUUCAACGCCUGUCCCUGGGACUACUCCCAGUUCGACUUUGAUUUCAUGGGCCUCAUUACCCUAGAGUAUGCUGUGCCCUGGUUCUGCGGGGCCCUCAUCAUGGAGCAGUUUAUCAUCCGCAACACCCUCCGCCUGCGCUUUGACAAGGACGCGGAGCCCGGGGAGCCGGCCAGCCCACCAGCCCUGGCCAAUGGCCACGUCAAGACUGACUGAGUCAGAAGAUUAAUGUGAGGACCUGAAGUCUCUUGUAGGAACCCAUGAACAGAGAGAGAGAGAGAGAGACCAAGCUGGUGGGGUUACCCCUUGGUUCAGCACAAGCCCCGCCCCCAACUGGGUCUUAGCCCAGUAGGGCAAACAUAACCACACAUGGUGGGCAGUGGGAUGGGUGUUGGGGAGUUGGGUGUCUAGACAACAGAAAUACUUUGAGACUCAUCCAUGCCUCUCAACACAUCCUGGGGGCUGGAGGCUGGGUGGCGAACAAUUGGACUUUGAUGGAUGACUUUGGAAGCAGCAGACCUGUCCUAACUAAGGGACAUGAACUCCGGGGCUACAGGUGGGAGGCAAGGUCUGAGAAGGCCUUGGCUGCUGUUGGGGCCACCACCUCACCUGCCCCCUGGCUUCAGCUGGGCUUUGGCUGGUUCCAUUAGGCAAUAUUCAGGUGCUUGCUUGCAACCAAUACCUCCCCGGGGGCCUCUGAGCUGCAGCCUGAGAGAGACCCAGUAGCCAAUUGGGCUGCAUGGUGGCACUGGUGUUGUGCAAAGGCCAGGAAAGCUUCCUUUGGCUCCUCUCCCUCUCCCAGGGCCCCACGCUGCUCCCUUGGCCUUCUGGGGGCCCCUGUGGUGCUGGAUUCCCACCAACCUUGGGCUUUUGGAGGUUUCAAUCCCCGUGUGUUCGGUGGCGUUUCCCCUUAUGUUCAAGACAUUUACCACUAGCAGGCAGUCCUUUCCUGUGUCAGUCACCAUAGCCUCCCCCUCUCCCAGCUCCCUAUAGAACACAGCAGUGGCCAGAGGCAUAGCUCUGAAAUGGACCCCCCCUGCCUUGCUGCAGCCUUCCCUUCACCUUCCUCUGAUGACUGGGGGCGCCCUGUCUUCCUGACCCAGGGAUGAUAGUCUUGGUGUCCCUUCCCUGCAGAGGUCCUACUGAAAAUGCAUAAUAUCCCCCCACAAUGUCCAGCGAGGCCCAGAGGUGUGUGGUGGAUCCACAGUGGGAAAUAAAGGGUGGAGUUCUAGGUCCUAUUUACCCAAACUGGUUUAUUAUUUCCACCAGCUAGCCAAUAUGGCUUCCUAUGAGCUAGAGGAGAUUCAAAGAUAACAAGACAGAUACAGAAGACCACGGGAGGCUCUUUAGAGGCCCUUCCCUGGAAAAGAGAUGAGUUGUACCACAGCCUCAGCUCAGCAGUCAACCCUGAGGGCUGCUCUUCCUACAACUCCAGGCCGGCCCCAUAAGCUUGUUCUCAAACAGUGUUGUCUUAACUCUGUCACACUCAUGGGCCUUGUCAGCUUGGUUAUUGUAACUUUACCCCAUGAUGGGUCCAUUGCUGGCAGUGGACAGGUGAAAUCCAGGCCCCUUCUCAUUUUUGUCCCAAACUCUUUGAGAAGAUGGGACCAUCAGAGAGUGUAGCAUACCAUGAGGCCACCCUGGGACUCUCAGAGGUUGAAAUCAACCCUUAUUUCUUAUAGAUCAUUUUUAAAUGACCGUAACACCUGUGGACCAUGCAGACAGCACCAGGCCAGGGCCAGCAGCAGGGCUGUCCUAGGCUGGGGGAAAGACUUGGAGACAUAACCUUCUGUGGUAUCCUUUCCCUGUGUUUUCUCUGUCUGGGGUAAGAUGCUAAGUGUUUCCCUUGGUAGGCUUCUCAAAUCACCAGAUACUAUUCUGUCGUAGGGAAACUUGCUAUGGCCCUAAGACUUGGGGGUUAUGGGAGUGGUCGCUUUCCAUAUACAAGUGGAGAAGGUUCCGUAUUUUCUCCAAUUCCAUAUUAUCUUAAUUACCUGAAUCCUAACACCUCUCCAGGCCACCUCACACCUGAUCACAACUGAUCUAUUGGCUGGCUGAGGUGUCCCAGCAUUAAAACUCCAAUUCUCAACCAGAAAACGCCACUGGGUGGCCCCUGGGUCUCAGCGCUCCAGAUGUUGUCUUCAGGCAUCCCCUAGUACCAUUUUUUCUCAAAGCGCUAUUAAUCCCAUGUCAGGAGAGGUUCCCAGAGCAGAUCUGCUGGCCUGGAAAUACUCAGCAUUGUGGUCUGCUUCCCUAGGUCCCUGUUGCUCCUAGGGCCCCUCAUAGGCACAGAACCCCCAGCCAGAGGAGACUCUACCUUAAGGCCUGACCACAGACCUGCAGGGUAGUCUAGACUUCAGCUCUUGCUCAUUGGCUCUCUUCAGGAAUCCAACCCCUUAGUGCUUAGGGGCUUGAAGGUGGGGGUAAUUAAACCCUUCUGAGCAGUGGGGAGUCUGCUGGCUGUCUAUGGAGCCUCCCUCUGAUGUUCUGAGCCCGAGGUAGGAGUUUCAGAUAGUAAGUAUGCUGCCCUGCAUGGUUGAGUUGCUUUGGAUGUCUGCUAGGCUUCCAGUGCCCUGCCCCCUCCUCAUGCCAGAGAGUCACAAUGGCCUGUGCUUAAUCACAGCAAUAAUAUAUAGGGAGCAUCUGUGAGUCCCCUUUGUCCUGGUCCAUCACUCUUCAUGGAUCUCCCAGGAGACUACUGAGUGGGUCAGUUCAUGUGAGAAUCAAUUUAUGAAGCUCUGGGCUGUGCAAAGUGUUGUCACAGGAGGCAGGUGAGAGGCCCAGCUCUGAACUGUGAGUAAGGCAGUGGGAGUGCCUUCCACCCUGAAGCCACCCUUACCUGGAGGAGUUUAGGCCCUGGCUUUGUAACAGGGCCUAUGAAUUGGUUAGGACUGUCUUCCAGCUGGACAGCUCUUGAGAAAGGCACGUGACUAAUUUGUGAGCCCAUUGCCUGCUAUGUCUCCGUUAGUCUGUCUCUCCCUUUUCAUAACUGUGCACAUAAAAUAUACUGGUGUUUGUGUUCCUGGA